AGUACAGGUACGAACUCCAUUUAGAUGAACGACGAAACGAUUAGAAACGGAAAACGGUAAUUAGUAGUAAUCUCGAAAAAUAUCUCUGACAAUCAUACUAACAAUAAAGUCGGCAGUUCGCAGUCGAUAUACUACGCAUACGACUUACAAGCCUCUUAAUGAUGGGAUCUGCCAUGGUAUCGACAGUCAGAGGGCUAAACUCGAACCCCCAAUCUCUCGUUCUGUCGAACAUCCAAGCCCAGAUUAUCAUCAGAGAAUUUUUAUCACAUGCCGCAAAUUCGUCGGAUGAGAAGAUGCUCAAAUAUACUCUGCACGACCGUAUCCUAUUCGACUUUACGACCUUAGAUGACGUUUCCCCCUGGACAGAGCAAUCGGACACAGUAAGAACGGUUGGAAAAUCUAAGGCAGUCAUAGUCCUGCAAACGACCCAGGAAUUCCAAAGGGCGAUUUUCUUCACCCUCCUAAACCCCCAGCCAAACGGCGCCGGAUUUGCUGGUGUCAGAACAGAGACGAAUCUCGAUUUAACAGGGAUGAAAAACAUAAAAAUAAACUGCAGGGCGCAGGGUAGCAACACCGGCUACAAAGUAGUUCUACGUCACAGAGGACAGGACAAUGAGCCAAAUCCAACUUACGAGCAAUUUUUCACGGUCCCAAUCUCCGCGGAAGAUUUCACCACGAUUUCGUUGCCUAUUUCGAACUUCAAAGCCUACUACAGGGGCAGAGUAGUUCCUGAUGCGGAUCCCUUGGACGUAACUUCGAUCACCAACUUCGGACUUCAAGUUUACGGCGGAGUCUACGAGCCCGUUCAUCAGGGUGGAGUAUCGUCCCUAGAAAUCAACACGAUCACCGUUACGUCGUAGAAUUUCAAUCGGCUAAAUAUUGUGAGCUGAUUGAUAAUUCAGAUCUGUAUAUAAUGCAUUCCAAUAAAGAAAACUUUUGGCGACCUAUAAA